CCGCCGGGGGCUCGACGCUCGCCCACCUUUUCCAAAUUUAACCAUUACCUAAAUCCGAAGGGAAAUGAGCAAACCUCUCGGAUUGGGUGUCAAGGUAUUUUCAGCUUCGUUGGGCGUAUUUAUCCCGAAGUGUUUCCACAACAAGCUAUUUCGGGGCAGAGGGGCAGGUUUCGCUCUGCGGACGCCGCGGCCACUCGCCGGGCUCCAGGCCGGCGGCAGCGUCGGCCGGUGAUUCACGGCCUCAACCCGGGGGUGGCCAGCCCAAAUAGGCGGCGGGGUGGGGGUGGAGGUGUCCCGGGGCAGAGGGGCGGGGAGGCCUCGUUGGAGCUAGGCGCUCCCACUCCCCGGCGCUCCACUCAAUCUGUGUCCUGAAUCUGUGACUUCUUCUCGCUGCGGAAGUCUCCCGAGAGCCAAUAAUGGUUCAUUUUCUUUUGAAUCAUUUCUAGUGCCUGGGUGUUGGGCUCUCCGGGCCUCCCCAUCCUCCGCAGCCCCACAGAGCAAAAACACGGAGGACCUUCUGGGAGGGCGGCUGGAAAGGCCAGGCCCCGGGUCCGCCUCCUAGCCCCUUGCGCAAAGGAGCGCGCCCAGACUGGGGGUUGGGGGGCAGGUCUGAGAGGACUAAGAGAGCUACUCCUUAACGCUCAGGAAGUGAAGCUUGUGGUUUUGGGGGCUGAGCUCGGAAGGAGAUUAAAAAAAGAGAGAGAGAGAGAGAGACAACGCAGUCUCUCCCGAAAGCAACUCAGUUUGAAAACUCGGAGCGCAGUGCCGGUGCCCUGACCCCGCAGACGCCGGGCAGUUCACAGCCAUCGCGCACAAGUCGGGCUCGACUUCCCCUAGACAAGGUUUUCGGUCUCCGCCUGACUGGGGCAGAGCAAGAACUCGAAGUGACAGUGGGCUGACAGCGGCUCCAGGCAGCGGAGUGGGGAGCGCGCCGGACCACCAUGCCGCGUUCGUUCCUUGUCAAGAGCAAGAAGGCUCACAGUUACCACCAGCCGCGCUCCCCGGGACCCGACUAUUCCCUCCGCCUGGAGAAUGUACUGGCGCCAGGCGGAGCAGACAGCACCUCGAGCGCAGGAGGGGCGAAGACAGAGCCCCGGGGUCGUUUGUCCCCCGACUCACAGAUGACUGAGGCCCCUGACAGAGCCUCCGCAUCUCCGGGCAGCUGUGAGGGCAGCGUCUGCGACCGGAGCUCAGAGUUUGAGGAUUUCUGGAGGCCUCCGUCGCCCUCUGUGUCUCCAGCCUCAGAGAAGUCGGUGUGCCCGUCGCUGGACGAAGCCCAACCCUUCCCCCUGCCCUUCAAGCCAUACUCGUGGAGCGGCCUAGCGGGUUCUGACCUGCGGCACUUGGUGCACAGUUACCGGCCGUGCGCGGCCCUGGAGCGCGGCGCGGGCCUGGGCCUCUUCUGCGAGCGCGCCCCGGAGCCAGGCCACCCCGCGGCGCUCUACGGCCCGGAGCGGGCUGCGGGCGGCGCAGGGGCCGGGGCGCCCGGGGGAGGCAGCGCAGGAGGUGGCGCUGCCGGCGGCGCGGGCCUGGGGCUCUACGGCGACUUCGGGCCCCCGGCAGCAGGGCUGUACGAGCGGCCGACGGCGGCGGCCGGCGGGCUGUACUCUGAGCGCGGCCACGGGCUGCACGCGGACAAGGGCGCCGGCGUCAAGGUGGAGUCGGAGCUGCUGUGCACCCGCUUGCUGCUGGGCGGCGACUCCUACAAAUGCAUCAAGUGCAGCAAGGUGUUCUCCACGCCGCACGGGCUCGAGGUGCACGUGCGCAGGUCCCACAGCGGCACGAGACCCUUUGCGUGCGAGAUGUGCGGCAAGACCUUCGGGCACGCGGUGAGCCUGGAGCAGCACAAAGCCGUGCACUCGCAGGAACGAAGCUUUGACUGUAAGAUCUGUGGCAAGAGCUUCAAGAGGUCAUCUACGCUGUCCACACACUUGCUUAUCCAUUCAGACACCCGGCCCUACCCUUGUCAGUACUGUGGCAAGAGGUUCCACCAAAAGUCAGACAUGAAGAAACACACCUUCAUUCACACUGGUGAGAAGCCCCACAAAUGCCAGGUGUGUGGGAAGGCAUUCAGCCAGAGCUCCAACCUCAUCACCCACAGCCGCAAGCACACAGGCUUCAAACCCUUUGGCUGUGACCUUUGUGGGAAGGGCUUCCAGAGGAAGGUGGACCUCAGGCGGCACCGGGAGACACAGCAUGGGCUCAAAUGAGGGCCCUGGCUGGCUGCAAGCAGCAAGCAAUUACACAACACUACGGAGGGCAGCCUCCCCACUUGCUAUCAUCCACUUCCGACAUUUCAGGCCCUGGGAGCCAGUCCGAAGAUCCCAGCAGGGUGAGCCCCUCCACCUUACUUCCUGGAACUGCAAGAGGGGAUAAAUUACCUUUACAAGGUUCAGCCCAGAGCGGGAACCAAGUAACUUACUGGGCUGUGAACACACCGAAUAGGCUCCCCCACACCAGGAGGAAGACU